UCGGUUACACUGCCUCUUGCCAAUUGUUCUCUGCAAAAACAGCAAAAUUAUUUACGUUUGAUUAAGAAAAUUUGUGAAUAGUUUAGUUUUAAAAACGUUUGCAUAUAUCAUUCAAUAUGCUUCGGAUUCCUGAAGAAGAGUAUCCAGAAGACAAUAAAGCGUCUCCCCAAAUUGAAAAAUUGCAUCCGAAAGAUGCUCCUGGAAAGUCGCGAUACCACAUGCCAUUAUCGCCCGAUAUCUGUUCGGAUCCGAUUAAGAACAGCUGUUUUCCAAAAGCUGGUUUUCUAAAUAAUGCAAUGCCCUACGCUGCCCAUGUCAUAAAGUCAAGCUCACCUGCUUCAAGCACAGGAGAAUCAGUAUUUGCCCCAGAGUUUGCCAGCCAAAUGCAAAUGGCUCAGAACCAACAAAUGCAUGCGAUGGCGCCUGGUGGUGACAUUAACUUUUACAGCUUUCCGGAUUUCAUUUCUGAUCAAGAGAAGAAUAUUUUGUCAGACACUGAAAAGCUGCUAAGGUCAAAAGAGAAUGAUAUGUACAGCAAUGAAUAUAAUCAUAUACACGAUGUGUUUGCUGUGCGCAAAUAUUAUCAUCCUUUAUUUGCUCAUGGCAUUUGCCGCUGGCCAGGUUGCGAAAUGGAUUUGGAAGACAUAGCUUCUUUUGUCAAGCAUCUGAAUUCGGAGCAUGGAUUAGAUGAUCGGUCCACAGCUCAAGCUCGUGUGCAAAUGCAAGUUGUUUCUCAAUUGGAAUCUCAUCUACAAAAAGAAAGAGAUCGACUACAAGCUAUGAUGCAUCAUCUCUACCUGUCCAAACAGCUGUUAUCCCCAACAAAAACAGAUAGAAAGGAUGUAACUGCGGCAGAUAUUAAUUUCUGCGGUGGAACUGCACCGAUUGUGAUAAAUAAUGUAGCUCGAAAUCUGUAUAGGUCACAUUCUCCUAAUUCGGUUAAUCUGCCCAUGGUUAACUCAACUAACAUAUCCACAAUGAAGAAAAGAAACCACGAGAAAAGUACUUUCUCAGUAACGGGUGGUCUACCUUAUAUGCUAGAGAGGGCAGGACUUGAUGUUCAACAUGAAAUACAACGGAAUAGAGAAUUUUAUAAAAAUGCUGAUGUUCGUCCUCCAUUUACGUAUGCUUCGCUUAUCAGACAAGCUAUAAUUGACUCUCCUGAUAAACAGUUGACCCUGAAUGAAAUAUACAAUUGGUUCCAGAAUACAUUUUGCUAUUUCCGGAGAAAUGCUGCCACUUGGAAGAAUGCAAUUCGAACAAAUUUAUCUUUGCAUAAGUGUUUUGUACGGUAUGAAGAUGACUUUGGUUCUUUUUGGAUGGUUGAUGAUAAUGAAUUCAUUAAACGGCGUCAUUUGUCCCGAGGUCGUCCUCGUAAGUACGAGACGUCCUCGUCGCCAAAUUCAAAUCAAUCGGAAGGCAUCAUUCCCAUUGAUAAACACUCUUGUGAUAAUUGCAGUCAGAAUUGCCCAAAUAUGAUUGGCGAGCCGGACAAUCGAAUUGAGUUGAACGAUGUCAACGAAACCAGCGAACAGAAUAUGUUUAACUUCAACUGUGGAAGUCGAACCAAGAAAGAAAAGAAGCACGAUGAAGAGAGUAGUUUAUAUGCGAGUGACUGCUUAAAUAAGAAUUCCAAAUCAAUGAAGAGUUCCGAGACAUUGGUAUCCGUGUCUAAUGACUUUAUCAAUAUCGAUGAUACUUCAUCCACAAUUUUUCAAAGAAAUGUCAAUAAUUUAUACCAUUAAUGAGAGUACUCUUUGUAUACUUAGAAUAUGCAUUGCUGUUUAUUUGAGGGGGGAAUGAUAAUGUUUGAGAUUUAAUACGAAUUUGAUUCAUUCAGUUGGAUUCGACACAUUCCAACUACAAUUAAGAGCUAUCAUUUAGUUAAGUGUAAGUAGAUGAAAACUCAAACCUAUUAUUGUAUAUUUUCUUUUUAAUUUGAGCCAUUAACUUAUUCCUAAUAAACAUUGUCAUACAAAUCAUCAAUAUAACGAAGCACAUAAUUUGUAAUUUAAUUUUCAAGUUUUGAGUCCAUUAUACUUUGACUAACUAUGUGACUAAUAAUCUUCAGAAAAUGUGAAUUGCUAAAACCCUUUUAAAAACGUUUCUUCAAAGACAAUAAAAACUAAAAACUUUUAAUUUAGAAUUAAAGCAAACUUCAUCAAAAGUCAG